AUGGACAAUCUGGGUAACUACCGGCCUAUCACUCUACUGUCGGUCAUGUACAAGCUCGUCACCAAAAUCAUGGCUUCAAGGCUUAAGAAGGUGCUGGGCAAGGUGCUGUCUAAGGAGCAACAUGGGUUCUUACCUGGAAAGAGCUUGGCUGACGCAGUGUCAGUGGUUGCGGACGUGGUGGAGGUGGCGAACAGUGGCGGUAAAGACUGGCUACUGCUGCUCGUCGACUUCCAGAAGGCGUAUGACACAGUAUCGCGGGACUUCUUGUUCAAGGUUAUGAAGGAGCUUGGAAACCCGGAUAGGUUCAUCGGCUGGACCAAGGGCCUACAUGCAGGAGCAGGAACAAGGGCGAUUGUCAACGGAUGGCUAAGCGACAAAGUGGAAAUGGACAGAGGGGUCAGGCAGGGGUGCCCCCUGGCGCCUUACCUGUUCCUAUGCGCCCUGGAGCCGCUUUGCAGAGAGACGCUGCGCAGAGGCUUGGGAGUGGGCCCGCCUGGAGAGACACCAAUCUCCUACAUGGGAUAUGCGGACGACACGUCUUUCCUGCUAGAAGGGGAGGAACAGCUGCGGAAGGUGGUGGGGGUGUUAGACACUUUCGGCAAGCAGUCAGGGUUGAAAGUGAAUUGCAACAAGUCCGUGGUGUUACCGUUGGGGUGUAACAGAGGAACCAUGGCGCCGACAGGCAUACCGUACAAGUGGUCAGAGAGGGGCGAGCUGGAACGCCUCCUGGGUGCGCAGGUGUAUUCGCCGUCAGACGAGCUAUGGGAGAAGAUAAGAAAGCUCUGCUUUGCCUUUGUCUCAGCUGGGGAGGCCGUGGAGGAAAAGGUUUUCAUUCUCUGGAGUGCAUACCUGGCAUGUCUUCCGCGACAGGAUGGGGGAUUGGGCCAACUCGACCCAAAACUCUAUCUCGACGGGUUGGCAAUCCGCAGAAUUGGCAAAGUGCUGAGGGAACAGGAUGGAGCGCGACGAUGGUUGGUGGAAAAGGCGGCGAGUUUCCCAAAAGGGUGGGUGACGCUUCAUGCACACCUGUCUGCGAUUAAACGAUGGCAACAAGCGAGUGAGAGAUGGAAGGCGGCGGUCAAAGUCUUCUGGAAGUCGCCCCUUGCGUCCCUGCCGGAACCUGCGAGCAGAUGGGAGGUGGAGGGGCAGUUCAUCUGUUUCAACCGGUACAUCAUGCACAGAGGAAAUAGCCCUUUUGGGCACCAGUUGGGCAUGGAGGAUCUCCUCUGCACGCAGAUACGCAACUUGCUUACCGACGGCUUGAGGGGAAGAAGGGUGCUGAAGGAAGAAGCGAUACUAACUUCGGAGUUGGGAUCCAAGGAGGCGGCGGUCAUGGCACGCAAAGCGUAUGCGGCAACGCCGCCGGGGUGGAAAAAGCUGGUUGAGGAGCCGGUGACACCAGAGGAAGUGGUGGCGGUGUCAGGGGUGGUGAAGUACAUCCUUCGGGGUGAACCUGCGGGCCCCCCAUGGGCAGUGAAGGGCAUAGACAAGGGGGGAGUUCUUGCCUCGUACAUGGUGGAUAUCGUCUCUCUCCCGGGGGUACGCCAUCACUGCAUAUUCUCUCCUUUAGUCCUCCUCCCCCUCUUCCUCUCCUUCAAUCUCUUUGUACGCAAGCAGUGCCCGUGCGAUAGGGCAGACGGCCUCUCCCUGUUUGACCUCACUUCUGGUGCCUCCCCUGCCCCUGCUACUGAUGCUGACGCCACUGUUCGCUCACAGUGGGCCACACGUGAUGCUCCUGCUCGCCUUGUCACCCGGCUCCCUGACUCUCUUCGCGUAGUCAGGGACCACUUCCUCUCUGUUUGCCCCACCACUCUCACCGUUGACCUCCUCGAGAAGGCCCUCCUAGCGAUAGAGAAGAGCAUAGUCGCUGUAGGAGCCUCUCGUGGUGACCCUCGCACCCCCGUCUUUAAGGGGUGUUCUCCCUCCCCCCUCUUGCCCUCUGUUGCCUCUGCUGCUGCGGCCGACCUCGUUGGUUUCGAGUCGGUCAGCGCUGCGUAUGCCCCGAGCGGGAGACGCCGCACCGGCAAGGGCAAGGGGGACAAGGGCACUGGAGGGGCUGGAGGGGGCGGUGGAGGUGGUGGUGGAGGCGGUGGAGGGAGUGGGGGUGGUGGUGGGAGUGGUGCCGGGGGUGGCGGCGGCGUCGGCAGCAGUGGAGGCAGCGGAGGCGGUGGAGGUGGUGGAGGGAGCGGAGGAGGCGGAGGUAGUGGAGGAGGCAGAGGUGGAGGAGCCGGCGAAAGCGGCGGAGGUGGCGGCGGCGGUGGAGGCGGCGGUGAUGGAGCGAGUCGCGACUCUGCGCAGAGGAGUGGCACCGGUGGUGGUCAGCGCCAGCAGCAGCAGCGGAGUGGUGUGACCCUGUCCCUUCAGCAGCUUCGUGAGUGGUACACUGCGCGCCAGUGCGGUGGGGGUUUUGGUCCCUGCUCUUACGUCCUCCGUACCGGUGACUGCACUGGUGAGCACUGCGGAGGCCCGCACUCCACCCAGCGCUGCUUUGGUCGCGUGACGGACGCGUGGCAUCGCCACUUCUCUGAGGCGUCAGAGAUCCCUCGCUGGGGAGAUCUGGCUAAGGCCGGGGUUGGUAUCUUUGAUCUUGACUUUGAUGCUAUUCUUGCUGCCAUGUAUGCUGUUGCUGAUAGUGUUGAGGGUGCCUGUUACCUGUGUGUACCGCAUGACCCGGGCAUUGAGGCUGCUGCGCUAGAUGCUGGUGAGGCUGCUGCUCUAGUUACUAGUGCGUUUGUCCGCGACUUGUCUACGACUUGUCCGCAACUUGUCUGCUCUAGGUACUAG